AUGGCCCAAGCGAUAAGUCCCGAGACUGGCUAUGACGUUGAUGGCGACCCUACGAACGGAAACUCGUUGACGGAAUCACGCCACGACAACCGCACCAUCUCCUCCUUGCUGCGACCGGCUCAGGUAAUCCUCACGUCCAACGCCCAGCACUUCUUAGCCGGCCAGUCCGCCGAGCAGCCCCCUGUCUCCUCCCUCCUCUCCCUUCCCGGCGUAGAAGCCGUCUACGACGAUAGCGCGGAAUGGGGCCCGCAGCCGUGGCGUCGUGACGCCGAUAUCCUGCACAUUUCCCUCCGGCGCUGGGCAGAUAUCCUCGUUAUCGCACCCCUUUCCGCAAACACCCUAGCUAAGCUCGUCAAUGGGCUCUGCGAUAACCUGCUGACGUCGGUAUGUCGGGCGUGGGAUACCGAUGGCCAGGUCGACGGGCAGCGUAAACGGAUUGUGGUCGCACCCGCCAUGAAUACGGCCAUGUGGCGGCACCCCGUGACGGCGAAGCUGAUCCGGGUGCUGGAGGAGGACUGGGGCGUCAGGAGGGACGAGGAGACGGGAGAGGAGACAGGGUGGUUUGAGGUGCUGCCGCCGCAGGCGACAAAGGUGUUGGCGUGUGGGGACGUGGGGAGCGGCGCCAUGAUGGAGUGGACCGAGAUUGUGAAGGUUAUUGAGGACAGGUUGGGGUUGAGGGGCGAUGAGGAAGGGACAUGA